AAAGUUCCUAGAUGAAAAUCUACUAAACGCAGACAGAGAGGAAGUCUCUCUGAUGCAGAUAAACACGAUAUCGAUGGUGCUGUCGUGUCGAGUAAAUGUAUCUGCGAUCGCUCAACCAGAUAAGAAAUCUCUGUUUCGACUGAUAAUUAUGAAUUCUAAUUUCUAAUUUACGUGUGUGUAUUUCUUAUAACUAUGUAUAAUUGCGCAAGUGUAAAAGGUAUGCAAGCAUGGCACAGGUGUGCAUGAACAAUUGCCAAAGUAAUUAUAAGAUAUGUAUCUGUACAAUCAUACACUUGUGAGGGAAGGUGUAAAUAGAGAUUAAAUAUUAAAAAGUACAGAAAUUAAACAAAUGAAAAUAUGGUACUCCAACUAUUAGCAGAUUUUUUGAGCCUUAUAACAAUAGGCAUGUGUUUUGUAUUAAAGAUCCCUCAAAUUUUGAAUUUAUUGACUGCUAAAUCAGCAGAUCAAAUCUCAGUCGUAGGCCUUCUGCUGGAAUUAACUAGCUAUACCGUGAUGGCUAGUUACAAUUUUACAAACGGUUACUCAAUACUAUCUUAUUUGGAGUAUCCUGUUAUUCUAUUGCAAGAGUACAUACUAAUCUUCCUAGUGCUGAAGUACUUAAAUAAAAUAAAUACGUUUUCAAUUUUGGUCUCGGUACUCUAUAUUGCCAUAAGUAUCUCUUUCGCAAUGCAACUUAUCCCGAAAGUUGUUCUUACGAUUUUAGCGCCACUGUGUACUCCAAUUUCCGUCUCAAGUAAAGUCGUUCAAUUAGUGGCCAUUUUUCGAGCGAAAAAUGCGGAUACAGUGUCGCCGAUUACCUGGUUUAUUUCCGCAUUUACUAAUUUAACAAGAGUAUUUACCAUAUGGAUGGAUUCGGCAGACAUUCUGCUACUAGGAAAUUUUAUUAUCUCUGUGAUUUUAAGUUCCAGUAUUAUGUUUUCCGCCAUUUAUUAUAGACGUCAUCGAGUAAAACAAAAUUAAGAAGUUCGACGGUGGCGCGAUAUUAUGAAAACUAAUCUAGUCAAAAGUACGUGCCAUCUUUCUUGCUCAAUAUUUAUAAAUGAAAGGCAAUACAAUCCUAUAACGCUAUGUACAGGGCGUAAAAAAAUGUAAAUGUGCAAGCAACCAUAGUGGCAUGAUUCUACACUCGACGAAGUUCUUGCCGUUAGAAACUACUGCAUAAAUUACAACGCUUUUUUUGGAACGCGUGUUAUUUACAGAUGCAAAUAGUUUUUGAAGUAGCAGCAUCCUCGAUCAACGGAAUAACAGGAGGGCUGACAGAAAUCUUCAUGCAAUGAUGGAAAGAUUUAAUUGCUAUCAACGUACGAGCAGGAAUUAUUGGGAACCACAUUAUAUGGCUUCAUUUAUUUAUUUACGCCGAUAAUAAAUACAAUAUAUUUGCAAUUAUAGGAUAUUGCGAAUAAAAUCAGUUUAACCUCUAUGAGUACUAUGUAAUCGCUGUUAGCCGUGAAGUAACUACGGACGAGCACCGUAUCGAGAAGGUUGAAAAUUAUCGAAACUGACAAUUUUUGUCAAGAGAAUUGCGGUUGGAUCGCGAUCCAUGUGGUCUAUUUAAGAUUUCUGAUCCUCGUGACGAGUAUAAUACGACGUAAUAAAAGAUCUUUGAUCUUGAAUUUCAAGGUUAAGAUGAAUUUUGUAUAAACCUUUUUUACGAAUUUCCACCAAUUCGAAAGUGUAGAAUCAACGCUAUUUAUGAUGAUUUUUACACUAAUUUGUUUUUCUUUACAUCCUGUACUUAUACCAUUUAAUUCUUUUGCCCGUUAAACGAACACUAAUUCCGUAAAACCGUCAUUUGUACGUAACGAAAUAUUGUAUAUAGACGAAUGCUAAAAGCGAAUAAAAAAUGUUAUCAAUAGAUUAA